UCGACAUAAUCAAAGAUAUUAAGAAAGAAAAAGAACUUGAAAUUUCGGUUCAUAAUUGUGUACAAUGGUGUCCUAUAAAGCAUACCAAAUGUGAGCUUAGAGGUAACUUUUCUCGUUGACAAAGAUGCAAAAGUAGAGCAGAUGUUUCAUUCAUAUGAAAACUACAUUUCCCCUCACGCCAUACCAAUCCCCUUUAGAAACUUCUCAAAUUUCUGAAAUCCCUCAGCUAUAUAUAAAAGUGCAAGUUGUUCUCAUCAUACCUACUUCUGCAAAAUGGCAACAUAUUUGUGGUUUUAUGUUUCAACUUGCUUAUGCAUUUUGUUUGUCAUUGCCAAUUCCCAAGCACCAGCAGCUUCACCUACUCCUCCAGCAGCAGCAGCACAGCCAGCUUCAAGUGCAGCAACUCCAUCAACCACCCCUAUAACGUCAUCACCACCUAUAGCUCCACCAAUUUCCAACCCAACCACCCCGCCACCUCAAGUCCCACCACCACAAACUCCACCAAAUCCAGUAGCAAGUCCAGCCCAGCCACCAUCAUUGCCACCACCACCGGUGGUUUCACCAGCAGUACCUCCACCACAGGCAUCCCCUGCGCCUGUCCAACAGCCACCACCAACACCAGCCCCGGCAAUAAAGGCACCCGCUCCUGCACCGACAAUACCCCCACCAAUUCCACCACCUACGGCACCCCCAGCGCCAGUGCCUGCACCACCUGUUGCAUCACCAGCCCCAGUACCAUUUUUGGUACCCUCACCUGCACCAGCACCUGGCAAGCACAAGAAAAGGAAGCACAAGCACAGGCAUCAUCAGGCACCAGCACCCGCACCAACUGUCCCCAGCCCUCCAGCACCACCUACUGUUCAAGAUACUGAGGAAACAACACCAGCACCAUCACCAACUCUAAAUUUGAAUGGAGGGGCAUCACUAGGUCAGCAGGGAAGAUCUAGAAUGUGGGCAACUGCUGGAUUGGCAGUAGCCACUCUCUUGGCUGUCACGAGCUUCUGCUCAUAAGCUUUUACGGGGCAACCAGUGGUACAGAUGACUAUAAGGUUUUUGCACGAAAGAAGAAUUGUUGGCAUACACCAGAGGAUCAGGGCAGACAACACUUCAUCCCAUAUCGAUUUUCUUUCUUUUCCCCAAAACAUUGUAUUGUCACUAUAUACUUGAUAUGAAAUUUGUUCAUUGUUAACAUA